AUGGGUUCACUCAAGGUUAGUAUUUAACCAUAACUUCCUCAUUUCAUCAUCGCAGGACAGGAAUGGUUGCUAAGGUGACAAACCGGCUUCACAACAAAAGUUUAGUGACUGGCAGACCGAAGUCCUAAAAAUGAAAGUAAAGCUCUGUCGGUGCUUGGUGGUGAGAGGCCGUCUUUCAAGAAAGCAGCUGUUCUUUGUUGUGAGGAAGCCAUAAAAACAGGACCGGAUCAUUUGAAAUGAUGCACCAGAUGUGGUGCUGAUGCUCAUCAGUUUGGAUAAUUUAUACAACCAGGUUUCAUCGCUUUUCUUUCUGAUUGUUUCACAUUUUCUAUUUUACAAAGCAAGAAUUCUCAAAAGAUCAUUCUUUUGCUUUUAGAUAAACAGUUUCUGAUGAAAAGUAAAAGAUUUCAGUCCUAACAUCACCACUUAUCUUGUGUGUGACAACAUGAGGAUGAUAUUUUUUCUGCUGUUAUGUGGUGUUUCAUCAGCAGAAAAACAUUCGCUGACAGUUUUGGUUACUGCCUCUUCUGGACUCCCUCAUUUUCCAGACUUUGUAACCACAACACAGGUGGAUAAGCUGCCAACAAGUUACUGUGACAGCAACAAAAAUAUUAGAGCAAACCCAAAAUAUGGACAAAAACUAAUGAACAUUGAGUCACAGAUUGCUGAUUGGUACAUUGAACAGUGUUUUGAAAUAAUGCCUGAUUAUCUCAAGGUUAAGAUGGGAAUAUUAAUGGACCUGAACCAAAGUGAAGCUGUUCACAUUUUACAGGUUAUUAUUGGCUGUGAAUGGGAGGAAAAAACAAAAGAAACCACCUCGUUUUUACAGUUUGGAUAUAAUGGAGCAGACUUCAUCAAAUUUGACCCAAAGAAGUUGACAUGGAUUCCUCAAACUCCCCAGGCUGUCAGCGUCAAACCAAAAUGGGAAGCUGAUGAAUCUACAUACCAUUUGAAACGUAACAAGGACUUCUUAAAUCAAAUAUGCCCUGAUUGGCUGAAGAAAUAUAUGGCCAAUAACGAAGGCCCCCUGCAGAGCACAGUUCUUCCCUCAGUGUUUGUCCUCCAGAAGUCUCCUGACUCUCCAGUCAGCUGCUCUGCUACUGGUUUCUAUCCCAACAAAGCUGUGAUGUUCUGGAGGAAGGAUGGAGAGAAGAUUCAGGACGGUGUGGACGAAACAGAGAUCCUCUGUAACCAGGAUAACACCUUCCAGAUGAGAGCAGACAUUAAUGUUUCAUCUGUGAACCCUGAAGAUUGGGAAAGUGAGUGUGUGUUUCAUUUGGUGGAUGUCAAGGAUGAUGUUGUCAGCAGACUGGAGAAAGAAAAGAUCCAAACCAACUGGGGAAAGACACAGAAACAUAAUGAUGAGGAAAAGCCCAUUGGCAUUAUAAUUGGGAUCACUGCUGCAGUGGUUUUUCUUGUUAUAAUUGUUGCUGCUGUUGGAUUUACAGUCAUCAAAAAUGGGAAAGCUCUCAUCAACGGUAUUGAAUUGUCUGAGAGACUCAAUCAAGAAACCAGACUGAAGUCAAAUCUGGACUCUAACAGUUAAAACAAGUUCAGAGCAGAAGAAAAUAUUCAGUUCAAUAAAUUUGAUUGUAUGGAGCAUUUUGAGUUCUUCAUAGCAAGUCUGUAAAGAUGUAUUAAA